AAUGAGCUCGAAAUUCCACACCACUGCCUUCGGUCAACUGGUGCGCAUCGUGUCCUGUGGUCGAACUCUGCGCUAUCCAGAUGAAGUCGAUCCUAUCAUAUGGAAGAGAGCAAUUGCGCAACAAUUUCAAGGACCAUCACCGGAAAAUCAGCAGACGUCCCAAUGUGCAGUGGAAGGUGUGCACAAUGCUCAAGAAGCAGCGAACAAAGAACAGAAAUCAAGCGAAUCGUACAAUGAGGAGCCAGGCGCAGAUAGUCUGUUGGUGGGGUGGUAUGAUGCAGGAGAUCUGGAAAAUCCUCAGAAUUGGCCCGAGAAUUAUAAGCACUUCAUAACCCUUCAAUUAUGUUUGCUGAACUUCGGAGUCUAUAUCGCAAGCUCUAUCUACGUUCCAGGCGAACCUGGUCUAAUCCAGGACUUUGGUGUCAGCAAACCCGUGGCGACGCUCGGCCUAUCACUCUUCACUAUAGGAUACGGAAUAGGUCCAAUGCUGUGGUCUCCAUUGUCCGAACUACCGAAACUCGGACGCCGCGAUAUCUUCAUCUGGACGCUCUUCGCCUUUAUUCUCCUUCAACUCCCCGUGGGCUUCGCACCAAACGCCCCAGUGUUUCUCUUUUUUCGAUGGCUGAGUGGUUUCUGCGGGAGCCCUUGCUUGUCUACCGGCGGCGGCGUCAUCACCGAUAUGUAUGCGCCAACGAGGGUUCCGUAUUUCCUCUGCAUAUGGUCUGCGGCGGGAGUGCUUGGGCCCAUUCUCGGUCCGCUGAUCGGUGGAUAUCUGGCGCCGAGUAUGGGUUGGAGGUGGACUAUAUGGGUGGUUACUUUCUUAUGCGGUUUUGUGUUUGUGGUUAUGUUCUUCUUUUUCCCCGAGACUAGUGCUGCUAACAUCUUGUAUGAGCGCGCGAAACGGCUUAGGAAAGCUACGGGGAUGAGUCGAUUGCGAAGUCAAUCUGAGAUUGAUUCCGCGGAUCACACGAUGAAGGACAAUCUGCGACUAGUCGGACGAGCGUUCACUCUGACGUUUUUCGAGCCGGUUGUUCUGCUCAUCAAUCUGUUCGCUGGACUUCUCUACGGUGUUCUCUUCACUUGGUUCGAGUCGUUCCCUCUUGUGUUCGGAGGCAUCUAUCAAUUCAGCCCCGGCCAGCAAGGACUCGUGUUCCUCGGUAUUUUGGUAUUUUCCGCCAUCACCUUGCCCCUGUUCCUUCUAUGGAUCAAGUUGCGCCUCGUUCCUGAAAUGAAAUCGGGAAUUUUCAAGCCCGAGAUGGUCCUCCCGCCAGUUAGUAUAGGAGCAGCAGCACUUCCAAUCUGCUUGUUCUGGUUCGGCUGGACGUCGCGAGCAGACCUGCAUUGGAUCUUGCCCAUAAUCGGUUCUGGGUUCUUCGCCAUUGGCAUUAUUACAUUGUUCAAUUCGCUUUACAUGUACCUUGGCAUUGUUUAUGCUCGGUAUGCUGCGUCCAUCUUCGCAGGCGCCGCCCUUUUUCGCGCCACUUUUGGCGCGACUUUUCCGCUAUUUGCCCCAUCAUUGUUCGACCGUCUUGGAGUUGGCCCUGGAAACUCGUUAUUAGGUGGCAUUGCGGUGCUGUUCUUCCCCAUCCCGCUCGUAUUCUAUCGCUACGGUGAAACGUUGCGAGGCUGGAGUAAGAAUGCUCAAUAAGAACUGACCUCUGUUUUUGUCAGCAGGACGCGCUUCCAAUAGAAUCACUAAAUGCAUUCAUCGACCGUGGCGAAAUGUUUGACCCGAAGACCAAGCGGGAGAGUAGCAGGAUCACCAAAUGUAUACGCAACAAUCUAUAGACAGUUGAACUGAAGCCUAUUAUCUAUCACGUAACCUGUGCUAUAUGCCACAUCCUAUCUUUGAAGUUUUCGACCUCAACGUCAUAAUUCAUUACACCUAUCUCUAGCCCCACCGUCGCCCCUCAGUCAACCGAAUCCACCAUCGACCUAAACCCCACCUCAAUCACAAUCCGUCGUUAACGAAGCUUAACAAAGCUUACAUCCGACCUCGCUUAUUUCUUCCUAACCCCGGGUUUAUACGAACCAGGGAUCUAAUUGCUAGAAGGGAUACGACACAAAGCUUAGCGCGAUCCCGAUUCCGAUCGCACUAAGUCCGCAUUCGUUUAUCGAGCCUGUUUGAUUUAUUUUGCUAUCAUAAGCUAUUUCGUUGAUGACAAAUGUUGAACGAUGUUGAUAAUCGAUGGCGUAGGCGUAAAGUUCGUCCGCUUC